CGCUUGGGAAUUUCAAGAAUCCAAUAUCGCAAGAGAUGCUGCUACAUUAUAUAACCAACACUCCGAUUUCAGUUCCGCAUUCUUAUUCUGCAUUCAGCUCUCAUCAAUCUCCAUUCCAUUUCCCCAAAGCUUUUCCUCAACCAUCUCAUCAUCCUUCCCCAUUAAGACAAUUACAUAAACGUCUACACGUUUGCUCAGGAAUGGAUAACAUUGGAGUUAGCCCCAAAAAGGAAGUUGCUGUUGCUGUAGAUGCUUCCAUUGAGGAAGAAUAUGCUUCUCUAUCUAAAUUGUAUAAAGAGUUCACAAACAUGUCAACCAUUGAUAAAGCAUGGAAUUACAAGUCCCCUAAUGGAAAAGGAUCUCAUGCUACAUUUUCAAUUGGUCAACCGAAUCUUUUUGCAAACAAGAAGAAGAAACUUAUGUUAUCAAGUUUCAUCUCUGAAGAUUCUAAUGGCACUUUAAAUGUUCAAUGGUCACCAUUUCCAAUUGAAAUCACAGGUGCCUCUGUAAUGGUUCCCUCUCCAUCAGGGAAAAAGCUUCUUGUGAUACGAAACCCUGAAAAUGAUUCACCCUCUCAGUUUGAAAUUUGGGGCCCACUGCAAUUAGAGAAGGAGAUUCGUGUUCCUCAAUCUGUUCAUGGUUCUGUGUAUGUGGAUGGAUGGUUUGAGGGGAUUUCAUGGAGCUCAGAUGAAAGUCUCAUUGCAUAUAUAAGGAUUGUAAUAGCUGGAAAGGUCAAGGGGGAUUGGGAAGAGGAUUGGGGAGAAACCUAUGCAGGAAAAAAGCAGCCUGCUCUAUUUGUCAUUAAUAUCGACAGUGGAGAUGUUCGUGCUGUAGAUGGGAUUCGGAGGUCAUUGAGUGUGGGACAAGUUGUAUGGGCUCCAACAACAAAAGGGUCCGGGUCCCAUCAAUAUCUAGUUUUUGUCGGGUGGCCCUCUGACACUCGGAAGCUUGGAAUGAUAUACUGCUUUAAUAGGCCAUGUGCAAUUUACACUGUAAAGGCUCCAUCAUUUGGAACAGAAAUCAAAGAAAAUUCUAUAAAUGAUGUUUCCGUCAUCAAUCUUAGUCAAAACACAAGCAGUGCUUUCCUCCCACGGUUCACCCCAGAUGGAAAGUUUCUUGUAUUUUUGUCUGCAAAAAGUUGUGUAGAUUCAGGGGCACAUUCCGCUACAAACUCUCUUCAUAAAAUUGAAUGGAACAGUGAAGGAGAACCAAGUCCAGCCAAGAUCCUUGAUGUGGUUCCUGUGGUGAUGUGUCCUGAAGAUGGUUGUUUCCCUGGGAUCUACUCUCAUAAUGCUGUUAGUAAACCAUGGCUUUCAGAUGGAUCCACAAUGAUUAUAUCCUCCAUUUGGGGAAGCAAGGAAGUAAUAAUUUCUGUGAAUGUGUUAAGUGGGAAAGUUUCAAGAAUCACUCCUAGCGAUUCAAAUCAUUCAUGGAGUUUACUUGCAGUUGAUGACAACAAAAUUCUUGCUGUAUGUAGCAGCCUAAUAGACAUCCCUCAGAUCAAAUAUGGUAGUCUAGCUAAGGACGAAUCAAAAGACGCCACCUGGCAUUGGCAGGAUGUUUCAUCCCCAACAUCUGAAAGUCAAGAGAAAGUCAAAUCUUUACUUUCAUCUCUUCAAUUUGACAUACUAAAGAUUCCUGUCAAGAAUGUCCAAGAAAAUCUCACAAAAGGUGCCAAUAAACCUUUUGAAGCAAUAUUUGUAUCCUCAAAAUCAAAGCAUGAGGCUUGUGACCCAAUGAUUGUAAUCCUUCAUGGGGGCCCACACACUUCUUUGUUGUCAAGCUUCUCAAAGUCCUCGGGUUUUCUUGCUUCAAUAGGAUAUAGUUUGUUGAUUGUAAAUUACAGAGGUUCACUUGGAUUUGGUGAAGAAGCACUACAAUCACUUCCAGGGAAAGCCGGAUUGCAGGAUGUAAACGAUGUCCUCACAGCAAUAGAUCAUGCCAUUGACAUGGGGCUUGCGGACCCCUCGAAAAUAACUGUUGUUGGUGGGUCCCACGGUGGUUUCUUAACAUCUCACUUGAUUGGCCAGGCACCCGAUAGAUUUGCUGCAGCUGCUGUGAGGAAUCCUGUUUGUAAUCUUGCUUUAAUGGUGGGCACAACAGAUAUUCCAGAAUGGUGUUUUGUGGAGUCAUUUGGAAGCAAAGGGCUUUCUACCUAUACAGAAGCCCCAUCACCUCAACUCCUCAAAUUAUUUCAUGAUAAAUCCCCUAUUUCACAUCUUCCAAAGGUGAAAACUCCAACACUGUUCCUAUUAGGUGCUAAAGAUCUUCGUGUCCCGGUUUCAAAUGGCUUGCAAUUUGCACGCGCAUUGAAGGAAAAAGGAGUUGAAGUGAAAGUAAUUGUUUUUCCUGAAGAUACACAUGCUAUUAGCCGACCACAAUCGGAUUUCGAAAGCUUUGUUAAUAUUGGAGUUUGGUUCAAGAAGUAUUGCAAGAAAUAAGGUGGGGUUUCAUUGGAGGACAAUUGCUAUGUAAUGAUAUAUUUUUGUUUUGAAAAAAAAACCAUUUUAAAAAUAAUUUUAAAGGCAAAUUUGAUGAAAAUGAUACUCAUUGGAAAGUUGGGUGGU